AUGGAUGUUAAUUAUUGCCUAGACACGGAGUCGAAUGGAGUGACUCGCACCCACAAAGUCAAUGACCCCGACCACUCCGCUAUUGAGGGUGUUAAUGCCCGCGAUGGCAUGUCUCGAUUCUUUGGCAAGUCGGCAGCAUUCACUGAUGCUGAUCCGAAGAAAACUAAGAAGGAUGGCGGUGGCAAGGGUAAUUGGGGACACUCUGGUGAUGAAAUUCAAGACUACGGUUUUGCAUUCACCAAUGCCCGUCGCCACUCGAACAGCAGCACUCAUGGUGCCGCUGACUUUAGAACCAAGUUUGAGACUCGUGAUACUGAACCUGUCUUUGAAGAGAAACUCCAUGGAGCCUCUGAUGUCUCUGAGGCUUCUGAUGCUUCCGACCUGGUAGUUACCAAAGUUCCGACUAGCAGCAGCACUGAAAGUGUUUAG